AUGUUCGUAUGGAAGCAAUGCGUCGCUCCUGCAGGAGAGGAGGAGUGGAACUCUGAUGGAAAAUCUAAUAGAGGGAGCGAUGGAACGAACUUUUCUCGAUAUAUUUACUAUGAAAAAAAAAUGUCCAAGACAAUUGCUGAUACCUCUAUAAAAAAUAAAUUACUUGAAAAAGCUGAUCUUAGUAAAUUAGAUGGGCUCCUAUAUUUCGAAUCUCCUCUGAGAAAAGCUUAUGACGAAAGCCCCAGAUUGAAUUUACGUAAGUUAACCACUAAAGAUUUACCAGACCCACCUCAAGAAAUUUCGAAGGGUCGUUUACGACAAUUAACAUCCAUUGACAUUCUUGAAAUCGAAGAUUCGGAUGAAGAAACCCCGCAAACGCAUUAUGAUGGUACGCCAAAAAAAACUGUAAAUAAAGCCUACAAGCAAACAAUGAAAGAACUAAGAGGAAUAGCAAAUAAACCAAUUAUUAUUGAUCUACCAAAGAUACCAAAGCCCCAAAUGCAGAGGCCAAAAAUAAAACCAAACGUUUCCAAUCGGGAUUUCAGGUGUGGAAAUUAUCCAGAAAGCACAGUGCAAAUGCAAACAUCCGAAAGAAAAUCUGCUCGUGGUAUAGAAAUUACAAAAAAUUGUUUAAAACCGCAAGGCCACUUACUCAGUGACAAAACCCUGGAAAUUGAUUUAAAUAAAAAUAAGUGUGUUAAUGAAAGCAACAUUGUAAAAAAUAAUGAAAAUGAACAAACUUAUGACAAAUAUAUGAGUCCAGAAGUAUUUGCCUUUCUUUCGGAGUUGGGUCAAUGUAACCCAGCACAAAUAUCAGAAAGGAAUCAAACUGUUCAGAUCAAAGCCAAGAAACCAGACGAUGAACUAGGCCUUCAAAAUAGUAUAUACAAGAAUCCUACACCGAAAGUAAUAAAAUCAAAUAAUACAAUAUUAGAAGAAAUAUUACUAGACUUAGAAGCUAUGGAAGAAAAACCAAAAUUUGUAAGUGGUGAUAGAUCCCGUUCUUGCAAAAAAAAGCAAAAACAAAUACUUACAUACAUCGAGCGAAAUGAUUCUCAAAAAAGUGAAAGUAUAAUAGAUCCAGAGAAUAAAAGGCCUAUCAAAAUCGCUUACUGCAAAUCUUGCAAAAGCGGGAAAAAAAUUGACAAUUAUCGCAGCCAAAUUACACAGACUCAAGAUAUCAAAUCUCAAUCUCAUUAUUGUACAAAUAAUGCAAACAAACAUCAAACUCAUAAUAUAUUAUGUUCGCAUGAGGCAUCAAAUUUACCUGGGCUUAAAAAUGAAAAAAAGAAACUAAAAUUUGGUGGAAAGUUUCAGAAGCGCAGUCAAAAGGCAUAUGGGCUGGAACCAAUUAAAGAAUGCAUGUCAAGCUUUUCUCUACCAGAUCACACCAAUUCUAGUCUCCAUAGCUUUUGCACGCGUAGUGACAAUGAAGGUGGAGAGGUGAGAGGUCGUAAUCGCAGCGGGCGUCGCGACGAUCCGCGCAGGCACACGUUGAGCACAGGCGCAGACGGUCAGUACCUGCCGAAUAUGUCUGGUCAAGGUGGUCCUUUGUCGAGAACGAUGGAUUUGGAGCUAAGACAAAAUCAGACAUGGAUAUUCGUAUUAAGCGAGAAUGGAAAAACUAUGUUCAAAAUACCAUUGCAACCCAAUUCAAUGACAGAAAUUUUCAAUAUUUGUGACUCCAGUAUAAGUUCUGGUUCGGAUUUUUCUGAAAAUGAAAACCCAGAUCCAGUUAUUGUGAACGAUGAGAGGAUUGAAGAUAUAAGUCAAAAUAAGCCUGAAAAACAAGAGCAAGACCCAGAAAUCUUGAAACUAUUGGGAGAAGAACCGUCUGGUAGUGAUUCAGUAUUUGGUAGUGAGGGUCAUCUUCGGGGUUAUCCUCCUCCAUCAAAUGCUAUGUUGUUUGACGACGAUCCCGGAAUAAUGUCGGAAGUAGAAACUAGUUCAACGGGAUUUCGAAGGGGUGGAAAACAGCGAAGUUCUCUACCAGUGGUUAGAACUCCCAGUAAAACUCUGGAGAGACCAUUAGAAUACCAAAGCGGCAGGCUUAUCAUGUAUUCUUCUUCAGGCCUGGUAUUUCUCCAAUACCGGAAUGAGACUAAACGGGCGUUGCUUCCAAAUGAAAUUACAUCGAUCGAUACCGUCAAAGCUCUGUUCGUCAGAUCGUUUCCGAAACAGUUAACUAUGGAGUAUCUGGACUCUCCAAAUGUUAAGAUCUACAUUCACGAUUCGUCAAAGGAUAUGUUCUAUGAAUUGGAGGAUUUACGGUCGCACCUAAGGGAAAUUCGAGAUCGUUCGGUCCUGAGAUUGUUCGAAUCGGCUGACGUGUCCGGUGGCCUUCCUAUGGCCGGCAUCGGAAUCGCCGGCGGUGUCGGUCAUUUCGAAGAUCCUAGUUACUUUUCGGAACCGGAAUUCGAUUCGGAGUAUCAGCACCAGCAUAUCCAUAAAAGCAAGAAACAGAAAAUAACAUAA